GUCGGCAAACAAUCGUGGACAGUCGACGACGAUCCUCGGGAAUCCUCGGGGACCUUUAAUAGUAUCCCACAAUGCCAGAUCAUAACACAAAGUAACAAAUUUCUCCAGCAAUAUUUCCACCAUGGAACCAUUUUCAAUGGAAAAUGUAGUUAAAAUACAGCCGUCAGUUCCUUAUUUAUAAUCAAGAUCUUGUAGGAAUAUACCUAGACAAAUAUACAAUCCAAGACAAUUCUAACAUGGCUGAAGAGGUCAGAGAUGAGAAACCUGUCUCACCACCAUAUCAUAAUGCUGAUCACUGUGCAAAGGCAUUUCAAGCAAUGAACAGUUUACGUCUUCAAAAUAUCCUGUGUGAUGUUGUAAUUAAAACAGGAAGUGUAGAAUUUCCAGCUCACAAGGUUGUACUUGCUUCAUGCAGUGCGUAUUUCUAUGCCAUGUUUACUGGUGAGCUUUCAGAAAGUAAACAAACAAACAUUACAAUGAAAGAUGUUGAUCCUAUUGCUUUGGAGAUGCUACUUGAGUUUGCAUAUACUGCUGAGAUACAAGUCACAGAGGCAAAUGUUCAGAUCUUGCUUCCUGUUGCAAGUCUACUACAGAUGACAGAAGUGAGACUAGCAUGUUCUGAGUUUCUGAAACAUCAGCUGGAUCCAUCCAAUUGUCUUGGUAUUCGGCGCUUUGCAGAUGUUCAUUCCUGCAUGGAACUGCUUGCAGCAGCUCACUCAUACACUGAGCAGCAUUUCUCUGAGAUUGUUCACGGUGAGGAGUUUCUUAAUCUUCCUGCGAUGCAAGUUUGUGAGUUGAUUUCAAGUGAUCAACUUACAGUCCCAUCAGAAGAAAAGGUAUUUGAAGCUGUUGUUUCAUGGGUUGAACACAGCUCAGAAGCAAGACAAGAAUAUUUUGCUCAGCUAAUGGAGCAUGUGCGGCUACCUCUUCUUUCACGAGAAUAUUUGGUCGAAAGAGUUGAGAGCGAAUCUUUAAUUAAACGUAACUUUGCCUGUAAAGACUUUCUUAUUGAGGCCAUGAAGUAUCAUCUUUUAUCGAGCGAGCAGCGGUCUGUACUGCAGACACCAAGAACUCGGCCCAGAACCCCUGUUGGCCUGCCUAAAGUAAUGUACGUUAUUGGAGGUCAGGCACCUAAGGCUAUACGAAGUGUGGAACGAUACGAUUUUAAAACAGAACAAUGGCACCAUGUUGCCGAAAUGAAUAGUCGUCGUUGCCGGGCUGGUGUGGCUGUUAUGGAAGGCUGUAUUUACGCAGUUGGGGGCUUCAAUGGAUCUUUGAGGAUAAGGACAGUUGAUUGCUAUGAUCCCCUACGGAACCAAUGGCGUACCGUUGCGUCCAUGGAAGCUCGCAGGAGUACAUUAGGGGCGGCAGUUCUCAAUGGCUUGCUUUACGCAAUUGGAGGGUUUGAUGGGACAACAGGGUUAAAUACGUGUGAGGUUUACGACCCGAAGGCGAACGAGUGGCGUUACAUUUCACCGAUGAGCAGCCGACGAAGCAGCGUUGGUGUCGGGGUUUUGGGAGGACUGCUCUAUGCUGUCGGGGGUUAUGAUGGUGCAUCCAGACAUUGUUUGAGUUCAGUGGAAUGCUACAACCCCGUUAAUAAAGAAUGGAGUCUAGUGUGUGACAUGAGUACUAGGCGGAGUGGCGCGGGGGUCGGGGUCGCAGAUGGAUUACUUUUUGCAAUCGGCGGUCACGAUGGACCUCAUGUUCGAAAGAGUGUGGAAUGUUACAAUCCAGAGUUAAACCAAUGGUCUCCUGUGGCUGAUAUGAGCAUGUGCAGAAGAAACGCGGGCGUGGCUUCUGUGAACGGGCUUCUGUUUGUGGUAGGAGGGGAUGAUGGGUCAGCGAACCUCUCCUCGGUUGAGGUGUACAACCCCCGGACAAAUCAGUGGGGGUUGUUGUCCAGUUGUAUGGAAAUUGGAAGAAGUUACAGUGGAGUUUGCGUCAUUGAUAAGAAACAGAAGGAAGGCAUGGCAUAUUGACGGGUAAAGUGGUAUCUUUCUGGAUAAUGGAGGAUAUGAGGUUUUUAAGCAAUUCAAGGAAACAACUAAAGUGGCAGUUACAGAGGAUACCCCUCCCUGGAGCAACAGAUUGUUAAGCAGAGAAUAGUCUUCACGUGCAGUUUGAGAAAUAGACUAGUUGAUAUACCGCAGGCGGUAGACAGGGGGGAGAGCAUCUUUUACUAAUGAAGGGAGAAGAUAUGCACCAUCACAAUCUGAAAUUUGAAUCACAUUUAUUGCAACAGAGUUAUUUGGAUAGAAUAUAGAAACAUACAUGUUUAUAAUGAAAUCAUAGUGUAAAUAAGAAUUUAUUGUAUGAAAAAUUUUAAAUAAAACUUUAU